AACUUCUACCUCCCUCCUGUGGACAAGAAUGCCGCCGAUUAUGCUUCGAAGCAAGAUCUUUAUGAAAAGAUUGUCCUCCUUGCUAGCAAGGGAUCUGAUCCUUUGGUACUCGCUACUCUUGAGGGUUACGUUCGUGAAGCUCUCCGUUUGGAUCCCGUCAUCGAAGGUGACAUUCCUGUUGGCCCUCUCGCCAGCAAGGCGGGGGAUAGGCUGUACUUCGACUUCGGCAAGGUCGGAAAAGACGAAUCGGCGUUUAGCAACCCUGAGAACAUCAGCCCUGAGGACGUCGAGCCUCAACCGUUUGUCACCCGCGUGGCUGCGGAGGUUCUUCGCGCUGGCGUGGCCGGUACUCUUCGACGAUACCGUGAGCCUGUUAUCACUGUCGACGACAAGGUUUCGAUCAAAAAUCAAAAACUUGUUCGUUACCAGAAAGUCGAUGAGGACGGCGAGCUCGUCGAUACUGAUUGGUAUGAGACUGUGAACGAGUACAAGCUUACUCCCGGCGAUCCGACGGAGGCGGCUGAUCGAUGGUCCUACCUUGAUCCCGAAAUCGGUCAUCAGCCCAGUCCUUGGGCUACGGGGCUCACCCUUACUUACGGCGCAUGAGGGCGGUAGCUUGCUGUCUCUGGAGUCUCAUAUUUCUGCUCUUUCUUGUUUUCUCUCGCAUGCGAAACUCUCUUGCUUUAACGAACUCCAUGUCGAUGGUGAUUUUUAAGGAGUGUGGAUGGAUUUUUACCAAUUUAGACUGAAAAUGAGAAUUCUGUGCUACCCAUCGGGACAAUGCGUCUUGCGUACUGAUUGUCAAACAGGGCGGACGCAGUUUUGCGUAUUCACAGAGGAUCUU